ACCGCGCUCUUUUUGUUCGGAUUUCACUUGUCGGAAGAAACCCGAAUGAAUGCAUUGUUUGUUACACACCUAUUUUGGCAUUAAUUUAAGCCGAAGCCGUGAAGAUGGACCCAGAGCUGUGGACAGAGUACAAGAAGAAUGCAGACACUUUCAAACAAAGAAUAGAGGAUAUCUGUGAGAAGUAUGCCAAUGUUGAAGAUCCUGGGUUUGACCUAUGCUUGGAAACCAUGACCUUUAAAACACGAAAAGGGACAAUGCCAGCAGACAGUCAAGAGGCAGAUAGAAGACUACAGUCUUUACAGAAUUUCGCAGAAAAAACUUUGAAGACACGAAGAGAUCUGAACAACACUGAGGACAAACUGGUCUUUGACGAUGACGACGAUGAAGAAGUAAAGGAGAAUCAUGAUCAUAAUGCACUGGAGAGGGAUAUUGAGAUCAAUCCAGGGCAAUCUCUUUUGGAAGCGUCCCAUGUCUCGUCCAGCCAGCUGUCCCUUCCUGAGGAGCAGGACCCAGAGCUGGAGCGCACAUUCAGCAGCCAGAGCGAAGGGCCCUCGCUGCAGGACCUGUAUCCCAGCAUGCUCAGCCAGAUCCGCGGCGCCUGCCAGCGACAGCAGGUGUCCGAGGCGGCCAGCUCCCUGCGCCGCAAGUACCAACGCCAGCGCUGGAAGGCCAAGCGACUUCUUCCGGGACAGAGCUUCAUUAACAGCUCUGGAGUCAGUGGCUCCAUGACCUCCCUUGCUCACAGACCCCUAAAGGCGAAGACUCCACCACUUGCCCCCGAGGCUAGCGCUGAGGCCCAGGCUCACUCCCACCAGGCCCAGGCCAGAAAAGCAGGCAGUGGUCAGAGAUCCUCCCCGUGGAAGAGUGUCUCCUCGCAGGGUGCGGCAGAGCAGAGACCUGUGCUGGUGAUGGACUUCUCCACACCGCCUUCCUCUGGCCCAUCGAGCCCCAGCGAUGCCUGCCAGGAGCUGGACACAACAUACACGCUGAGUCACCAUUCAGAGCACGAGGUCAGAGAGCAAGAGCCCAAAGUUGCGUCGUUCCAUCCCAGUGUUGUUGGCUCCCAUGCUUCUCAGCCCAUCACUGGCCUGUAUGAUGCUUGGAACCAAACACAAGUGUGUCCCUCACCAAAGCGAAGGAACUAUGAGGGUUCUCUGAGUUCCCCUUCCAAAGUGAACUCUGUUCUGAACUCGCCUUCCUGUCAUCACCACAGCAGGCCUGUGCUCAUAGAGGAUUCCCCUCCACGCCAGCAGGAGGUGCACUCAUCGUCUCGACACUUUCCCUACGCUCCGCAUAGCCUCCAGGAGACACACUACUCCUCACCUCACAGACGUGAGGCUCUGUGGACCUCCCCAACGAGGAGUCGCCCCAAGACACACUGUCCUGCCAGCCCCCAGCAACCGUCUCUCAAGGCUCGCCCCAGUUGUAGUGUUUCAAUGGGAAGCUACAGUCCUCACAAGCGAAUGUUUCUGAGCAGGGAGGCUCCUCGUGGUUCUCCUUCCAAGUCCAGCCCUGGGAAACCUCCGACCAUCCGCAGUCCUUACUCCACCGCCGUCCCAAAGCCUUCCUCCCUCUCCCGCCACCCAGAAAUCAUCGCGUCGCCUAGCCAUCGCCAUCGCCAUCACCAGGAGAAUGCCAAGCCUUCCCCCGGCCACUCUCCAGCUCUCCAGACACGUAGACGGUCCCUCUCUGGUCCGCGGGAUUCCGAGCGCGGUCCUGCUGGGCGGCUCUCCUCCUCCAUCCAGCACGUCAACCAGCAGUUCCGCCAGCUGUACCACCAGCACAUCUGCCAGAGGAGGUCGCGGUCGCCGUCUCACCACGGCCCCUUGUGCUGCCUGUGCGAGCAGAGCGCCGAAGGCUGCAGAGCCAGCCCCGUCACCAGCACCACCACCAACACCAGCACCAACACCAGCCCGGCCAGGACCAACCACUCCUGGUUGGCCGCCCUCUCCCUCACGCCAGUUCGGAAACGCCGCUUAAAGCCGGACCGUAACCCUCUCUUGAAGCGCCUUCACAAAGGCCAGCAGGUGUACAGUCCGCUGGUGGAACAUCAGCAUUGGCAGGAGUCUCAGCAGGCGGAGAAGAGGCGGUACGCAGCAGAGGGUUGUGAUGACGCGGCCUCAGUAUGUAGUGAGAUGUCUGACGAGAGCCAGUCACCAAAUCUGUACCAGGGCGCCCAGACCAGCAGCGGUGGUCGCUACCACCACCACCAUCACACUGCCGGCCCCUCCUCUUCCUCCUCCUCGUACUCUUACGCCACACUGGCCGCCCUGGGCCUGGCACCGUCCCACUCCCACCCGCGCCUGAGCAAACGCCGCAGCCAGUCUGAGCCCAAGGAGUCACCCAGCCUCAAGCGCUUCCGGGAAAGUGCCCAGGCGUUCAGUCCAUCCAAGCGUCAUGGUUACCCUCAGCAUCAUCAAAGUGCCCAGGCUCACAGUCCAUCAAAGUCUCGCGGUUACCCCCAGCAUCAUCAAAGCGCCCAGGCGUUUAGUCCAUCGAAGCGUCAUGGUUACCCCCAGCAUAAUCAAAGUGCCCAGGCAUACAGUCCAUCCAAGCCUCAUGCUUACCCUCCGCAGCAUCAGCAUCAGCACCAUCACCAUCACCAUCCUCAUCACCAUCCUCAUCAUCACCCUCAUCAGCAGCAGCAGCAGCAGCAGUGGGGAAGAGGUGAUGGUGACGGCGAUGAGCUGAUGGCCUCAGUGGGCCAGGGGCUCUCAGAGGAGCAGCGCACCCGCAGCAGGGCCCUACUGCUCCAGUGCCCCAGUCCCCGGUUCCUCAGGGCAGCCAUGAGGCUCAUGAAGGCAGGCAGGGCCAGGGCCAGGGCCGGGCCCAGCCUGGGGACUCACCCACACGCUUCAUCCCGGAGAAGUCAGCAGGACCAGAUGAUGCAUGAAACUGAAGCAGGAAUGUCAGAAGAGGAUUGGAAUAAAAGUGGACUGUCACACAGCGUGUCACGAAGAAGACUCCUCUACGGCAUACCGCGUUGCUGAGGAUAACUCUGGAACACAUUGGGUUCUCAACAGGACUACCUCAGUAUAUAAUCUGUCCCUCUAAGCCAUACAUGCUAUGAUGGUCUGACUCCUAACUUGCACAGAGAGCUAUAAAGAGUCAUGAGAGUUAAGAGUUAUAAAGGGCUGAUUAUACUGUAUAACUGGUCUGUUGUCUGUCAGGUAAUCUGUCUGUUUCUGUCUAAAUGAACUAAUAUUUUACAACAUUUAUUUUAAAUAAAAACACCUUGAAAAAUACAUUUUAGGUUAAAUAAAAACGCAAAUGGCAUCUUAAA